AGCACCACACGGCAGGAAACUUGGACAAUGGACAGCUUCUGGGACGCUGAUUUGUAUUAAUUGGGCCCCUACCUACGUAAUUUUAUUUGUUUGUCCUUGUAACGGCAGAAGCCAGAAGGAAUUCAGUCCUAAUUUCCAUUAAGUUUAUUUUCAUAUUCUACUAGUGGCAGACAGAGAUCAUAUGGCUGAAGUGGUAGAAGAACGAACUCUAGAUACAACGCCAACAUGGGCUGUGGCCACUGUUUGCUUCAUUUUGAUAUUGUUAUCAAUCAUAAUUGAGUAUUUGCUCCAUCUUUUAGCUAAGUAUUUCAACAAGAAAAGGAGGAAGGCACUCAUACAGGCUCUAGACAAGAUCAAAUCAGAAUUGAUGCUAUUAGGUUUCAUGUCCUUGUUGCUGACUGUGAGCCAAAAGCUUAUAGCAAAUAUCUGCAUCCCAAUGAGCGUAGCCGAAACUUUCCUUCCCUGUGGUAGCUUGACUUCCAGCGAGAGUGGGGAGGAAACCAAAUGUGUAGAUCAGGGAAAGCUCUCUCUAUUGUCCAGGUCAGGGGUGAGGGAACUCCAGUACCUUAUCUUUGUCUUGGCUUCUUUCCAUUCUUUAUCAAGCAUACUCAUAUUUGGGUUAGGGAUGGCCAAGAUGAAGAGAUGGGAGUCUUGGGAAGCAGAAACAAGAACCUUUGAAUACCAAUUUUUAAAGGAUCCAAGGAGGUUCCAACUCACUCAUCAAACAUCAUUUGGGAGGAGGCACCUGAGAUACUGGAGUGAACACCGCCUCAUUCGAUGGCCGAUAUGCUUUCUAAGGCAGUUCAAUGGAUCUGUCUCUAAAGUGGAUUAUCUCACUCUUAGACAUGGCUUCAUUAUGGCCCAUUUUGAACAAGGAACCAACUUUGAUUUCCAAAAAUACAUAGAAAGAGCUUUAGAAAAAGACUUUGGGGUGGUGGUGGGGAUAAGUUUCUGGAUUUGGAUAUUCUCAGUUUUUUACAUAUUCUUCAAUGCACAUGAAUUUUACAGUUAUUUAUGGCUUCCGUUCAUCCCUUCAGUGUUGUUGUUGCUGGUGGGUACAAAACUGCAAGGCAUCAUAACUUCAAUGUGCUUAGAUAGCCAUGACAAAUCUCAUGUUGUUAGGGGAACUUUGCUGGUUAAGCCUAGUGACCACUUUUUCUGGUUUGGCCGCCCCAAAUUGCUCCUCCACCUAAUACAUUUCAUAUUGUUUCAGAACUCCUUUGAACUUGCAUUUUUCACCUGGACUUGGGUAAUUAAGCAUUUCAUUAUGGGUUUUUUCAAUUAUGGAAAAGAAAAUUCUAUUACUGAUAUUGAUUCUACAUAUGUACAGUUCAAAUUUGGUCUAAGAUCAUGCUUCCACAGAGAAACAGAGGAUAUUGUGAUAAGGCUUGCCAUGGGAGUAUUGGUGCAUUUCCUUUGUGGCUAUGUAACACUUCCUCUCUAUGCUCUGGUCACACAGAUGGGUUCGUCGAUGAGGAAAGUUGUUUUCCCAGAGAAUGUGGUAAUGGGCCUUAAAAGAUGGCGAGCCAAAGCCAGGAAAAACCUGAAAACUUCAGAUUCAACUGGUCCAUCCCUUGAUGCUUCCCUUGACACUUCACCUUCAUUCAGACUCGAUGACUCAAUCACUGCAGAGUUCGGUAGCCCCUCGGAUGUUGCUGAACGUGUUGCCAUUGAAGUGAUAAAUGGAGGAGACAGAGAAGAAAAAGGCAAGGAGAAACAACCUCAGGAAGAGCAUCAAGGAAAUGAUUCGUUUGAUGGGUUUGAUACCAAUUUGACAAGUGAGACCUUAAGUUUAGAAAAGCAGGGCAGUUCAUAAGUUUUAGCACAUAUAUUUGUAUAGAAACUACUUGCUAUGGACACUGAUUUUAUUAUUCAUUCAUCUCCAAUAGCGCACGUAGCAUUCUUUUUA